AUGUUGGAACCAAAAAGAACUAGAAUUAUUUGUUCUGUAAGUGAAAAUUGUUCUAAUUAUGAAUUAUUGCGAAGUAUGGUUGAAGCUGGAUGCAAUGCUUUCACGUAGAAACUUGUUUAAUCUUUAUUAGCAUUAAUAUGGCCUAUAUUAAAAAUAAAGGGAGUUUAUAAAUAUUGGAUAAGAAUAGAUGUCAAUUAGAGGCUGAAUUCAAAACUAAAAUACCAAUAAAUUUAAUUUUAAGAGGACAAGUCAUAAGAGUAGGAUAACUACAAGAUCCUGAGACUUUAAUAGAAGUAAUUAAUUAAUCAAUUUUGAGGAAGGAAAUAUAGUAUAUCUGACUUCAGAUUAACAUAAAGUAGGAAAUAACUAAUUAAUUCCUAUAGAUUCAAAUGAAUUUCUUGAGAAAUUAAAUAUAAAUGAUAAGUUAGCAAUUGACUAUGGUCAUAUAAUAUUAGAAUUGUUAGAUGUCUAAUUGUUCGACUAGUAAUAGUUGUUAAUAUAUUUAGAGUAUAUGAGAAGAUAGGAAUAGAUAAAAUGUGCUUGUUAAGUGGAGUUAAAAUAUAUAUUUGCAGAUGUUGUAAGACUGGCACUUUAAAAUCAUUCAAGCCAAUAUCAAUAUUUAUAGAAAAUAAGGCAUAAAAGGAAGAAGAAUAAUAGGAAUAAGUAUCAAUGACAGAACAAGAUAUUUUAGAUAUAGAUUAUGCUUGUGAAUGCAAUUUCGAUAGUAUAACAUUUUCAAAGGUGAACACUGCAUUAGAUAUCAUAAAAGUAAUUUGUAAAUUAAUGAAAGGUCAAAGAAAGAUUGGAAUAAAAAUAUCCUCAUGUCUAAGUAUUCGCAAGGAUUGCUGAAAAAUUGAAGGAAGACUAAUUAGAAGAGAUAAUUAAUUUGGCAGACGGCUGUAUUAUUGCACGAUCUCAUAUUUCAAUGACUUAGCCAGUUGAGGAUGUAGUAAAAUAUUAAACUUAAAUAAUUUCAAGUUGCCGAAAACUAUUUAAACCAGUAUUUAUACUCAUUACAUUUAGGUCUUUGUAUCGACAUAUAUAUUGGAAUCUAUGAGUGUUCAACUUAAGCCUUCCUUUGCAGAUAUGGGAGACAUUUCGAAUAUUGUAAAAUAAUACAUAGAUGGAAUCUUAUUAUCAGGGGAAACCAGUUUUGGGAAAUUUCCAGUUCUAAUUGUGCAAACUCUGAAUAAUAUUUGUCGUAAAAUUGAAAAAAAACUACUCUAAGAACUGUUUGACUAACCUUAAUAGAGGGAUCAAUAUUAGGUAAAUUUUACUGGAUAACCAAUUGCAACAGUUAUUGCUAAGUCUUGUGUUGAAAUGGCCUAUAUGUAUUAUUGUGUUAUUAAUUUAGCUUAAAUGCUAAAGCUAUAUUGAUGUUGACUCGUAGGAUUUAAACUACUCUGAAAUUAUCAAAAUUGAGAGCCUCUUGUAAAAUAAUUUCAAUUAGUGAUAAUCAAUAGAUCUGCAGAUGUUUAAAUUACAUUAAUAAUGUUUAAUCGGAACUUGUGAAUGGAUUUGCAAAUUAAGAGGAGUAAAUUAAUUUUAAAAUUAUUAAAGAAUUAUUUAGGAGUGUAUAUCAAGAUUGAUUGAUAAAAAAUUACUAUAACCUAAAGAUUACAUUGUGGUUAUUACUGGGAUGGUUGUUUAGAAUAAAGAUUGGCACAUUAAUUAGAUGAAAGUUCUGGAAAUAUGAAG